AUGAACGAUGAAGGAUAUCAUACACACCGGAAACUGAUCGGAAAGGGGAGGAGAAGCACCUUGUUCGAGCAAGACCUGCAAGAAAUGCAUCUUUUCAAGCAAAUGGCUGUUAAAAACUACAUCAAAACAUAUUUUCCUGGUACGGAUCCUGAAGCCGUUUUCUCUAGUUUCUACUGGAAGAUUACGGCUUUACCACCGGAUAUCAUGUCAGUUCUAUCAUUACAACGUGUGCAUAGGUAUUCAUUGUCUAACCCCAUGUUUCCUCCAACUUUGUUGGCCAAGAAAGAUCAUAGGGCACAUUCAAUGUGA